AUGGUGAUGAAGAAGCAGAGCUUGGGUCGUCAAAAGAUCGCGAUCGCAAAGAUACCGAAGAAAAAUCAUCUGCAAGUCACCUUCUCCAAGCGUCGUGCCGGACUUUUCAAGAAGGCUAGUGAGCUUUGCACACUCUGUGGUGUAGAGGUUGCCAUAAUAGUAUUUUCACCAGCUAAUAAGGCCUUCUCUUUUGGCCAUCCGGAGGUUGAAUCCAUCAUGGAUCGAUUUCUUUCCCGAAACCCUACACCGGAUUCUGGCACACGUCAACUCCUCGAGGCUCAUCGAAACGCUAACGUUCGCGAGCUCAAUAUGCAAUUGACUCAGCUGCUUAAUCAGCUAGAAGUUGAGAGAAAAAGGGGAGAAGAACUUGACAAAAUUAGAAAAGUUAGUCAGAGCCAAUGCUGGUGGGAGGCGCCUAUUGAAAAGCUUGGCUUGCAAGAGUUAGAGCAAUUGAAGAGUGCUAUGGAGGAGCUAAAGAAGAAUGUGACAAGACAAGUGAAUAAGAUUUUGGUUGAUUCUACACAUCAAUCACCAUUUUUGGGACAUGUUGGUGCUUAUGAGACCAAACCAAAGGACUUGAAUCUUGGUUCAACCAUGUCUCCUGCCUAUUAUGCUGCUGCUUUAAUUGUUGUUAUUAUUGAAUAA